GUACGUACGUACACACAAAAACAUGCGUUGUCAUCACCGUAGUCAUGUGAUAAGUACCGGGUAGGGACCGCACGGGAUCAAAGUUCAUCAUUUUAUAACUAAAUUUUAAAAAGUUCAAUCGCACCGCGCCGGCGGACUUCCAAAGUUCCCACCAUUUUGCUCAAAGUCAUUUAAGUUAGACUCCAUUCGAGCAGGUCUUUCUCCAAAAUGGAUUUGCCGGCGCCGCCAUCCCGCGCCAUACAACUUACAAUUCCCAAUGAGUCCAGACUGGAAUCUAGGCCAAGCCCUUGUUAUUGAAGUUGACCCUCGCAUGAAAGUCGCGCAGUUUUUUCUUCCUCAACUUUCAAGGGCUGAAAGUGAAAACAAAUCAAAAUGCCUUUUUCUCCUGAGCAGACAGGGCACCUUGCUACAGGAGAUCUGUUGCCUCCAUUGGCUAAGGGUCAAGUCCGCCUGUACAGCAAUCGUUUCUGCCCCUUUGCUCAUCGUGCACGUCUUGUCCUAGCAGCUAAAGAAGUUCCUUUUCACAUUGUCAACAUUGACUUGAAGAAAAAGCCGGAAUGGUACUUCACCAAAAAUCCACUAGGCAGCACGCCGUGCUACGAGAGCGACGACAAGAUUGUGACCGACUCGGCCAUCAUCUGCGAGUUCCUGAACGAUUCGCACAACAACCCCCUGUGGCCCCAGGACCCCUACCAGAAAGCGCUGGACAAGAUGGUCUUGGAAUACUUCUCAAGCAAGGUCAGUCCAGCCUUCUUCAAAUCCUCCUACUACCCAGUCAAGGGAGAGGAAGAGAAGUGGUUUGGUGAAUAUCUGACCCAUCUCGCCGUCAUUGAAGACAAGUUGAAGGAGAGAGGCACCCCCUUCUUUGGAGGAGCUAAGCCAGGAAUGUUGGACUACUUGAUCUGGCCGUGGUUUGAGCGCCAAGUUGUGUAUGGCGCUAAACUUCCCUUUGAAAACUUCCCAACUCUGGCAGCAUUUCGUGAGGCAAUGAAGCAAGAUCCUGCAGUGCAGCAGGCUGCUGUGCCGGACUCCCUAUACGUCAAACAGUUCAACAACUACAUCAACGGCAUCUAUGAUUAUGACAUCCAGUGAACAUAUGCUCAAGUAUUAGUUGAAAUAUGGUGUACUG